CGUAGUGUUGCGCUGCCUGAACUUGACUAUGCUCAGGUCUUAUGCAGUCUUGAACGGUGCUGACUGAUGGUUGCGUUGCUGUGGAUUCUCCUGUCAUCUUCUUUAACGUAGAUUUAUGUAAUACUAGCUUUAUCCAGUGUCUACAGAUACUUUAGAACGGAGGUGAAGCGUUACCCGUCGGUCGAAGAUGUCUGUGGCUGGGCUGAAGAAACAGUUCCACAAAGCCAGUCAGCUACUCAGUGAAAAGAUCAGUGGAGCCGAGGGAACGAAGCUGGAUGAAGACUUCAUGGAGAUGGAGAGGAAAAUUGAGGUGACCAAUAAGUCAGUGUUUGACCUCUUGUCCAAAACAACAGAAUACCUUCAACCUAACCCAGCUUCUCGAGCCAAACUGAACAUGCUUAACACAAUGUCAAAGAUCCGAGGACAAGUGAAGACCACUGGUUACGCUCAGACUGAAGGCCUGCUGGGAGACUGCAUGCUGCGCUACGGCCAUGAACUGGGAGAAGACUCUGUCUUUGGCUGUGCUCUGUUGGACAUGGGUGAGGCCAUGAGGCAGCUGGCAGAUGUGAAAGACUCCCUGGACAUAAACGUCAAACAAAACUUUAUUGACCCCCUGCAUAAUCUACAGGAUAAGGACCUCAAAGAGAUCACGCACCACCUGAAGAAGCUGGAGGGCCGCCGGUUAGACUUCGACUAUAAGAAGAAGCGUCAGGGGAAGAUCCCAGAUGAGGAGAUCAGACAGGCUGUGGAGAAGUUUGAGGAAAGCAAAGAGCUGGCAGAGAGGAGCAUGUUUAACUUUUUAGAGAAUGAUGUGGAGCAGGUGUGCCAGCUGUCAGCACUGAUUGAGGCAGCCGUAGAGUACCACUGGCAGUCAAGUGAAAUCCUGGAGGAGCUCAGCAGAAAGCUGCAGAGGACGAUAUCUGCCGCUAGCAGCCAGCCCAAAAGAGAGUUCAAACCAAAGUCUAUCAGGAGCAGCAUGGAGGCCCUGGACAACAGUCAGCACAACGACCUCUCCUAUAGCUCCUCUCGAAAGUCCACUGCUGAUCAUAUAACUUCUGUUCAACUGUCAUGGCCUGAGAGUCCCACUACCAAUGGCAAUAUUCAUCAGUCCGAUGUGAUGGACCAACCAUGUUGUCGCUCCCUCUAUGACUUUGAGCCCGAGAACAAGGGGGAGCUGGGCUUCAAGGAGGGUGAUAUCAUCAUCCUCACCAACCAGAUAGACGAAAAUUGGUACGAGGGCAUGAUCAACGGAGAUUCCGGCUUUUUCCCCAUAAACUAUGUGGAUGUAAUCGUUCCCUUGCCACAGUGAGGACAUGUACCUGGAGUCCUGCACUUCUGCCUCUUCACACUUAGCUUCUGUCCUCAGCUCGACUCGGGUCUGAAAAUGCAGAAGGCCAGCUCAGCCUGAAGCUGAAAAAAUGUCUGUCUUCUUCAGUCAAACCAAGCCAGAGAGGUAGUAGUUUUGUCUCCAGCCAACUUAAGAUCAAAUGUUGCUGAUUACAUUGUGUUCUCUGUUGAUAUUAAUGAACCUGAACUAAACUUAAACCCAAGCCUUUA